CACAAAUAUUAGAUCUACCAUGAAGGUCAAAUUUAUCUGAAAGUUUGCCUCCUCCGCUGUCUAUCAAUUUUCCAUUCUUUUUUACCACACAUAAAAUGGUCGAUCGUGAUUAUGGGUUCCCGUACCAGCCUUAUACGAUCCAAAAUGACUUUAUGAAUUCGCUUUACACUACACUCUCUCAGGGCAAGAUUGGAAUCUUUGAAAGUCCCACCGGUACUGGCAAAUCGCUUAGCUUGAUCUGUGGAUCGCUUCGAUGGCUUAAAGAUCAAGACAAUCCUGACACUGAAAACCCCAAAACGGAUAAUAAGCAAAACACACAUGGAAAAGACAACGACGAACAAGAACCUGACUGGCUCAGGGCUUUUCAGGUUACAAACAAAGCCGAAGAACAACGAGAAGCAUUACGAAAAGAACGUCGAAAAGAAUUAAAGAAACGUAUACAAUAUGCUCGGCAACAAGAGGAUUCCAAAACUGGUUAUGUUUUCGGGGAUGGCUACCCUCGCUGGAACAAGCGUCAAAAGACGAAUGGUUCGGAUAAGAAAAAGAAAGGCAACGACGAAGACGACAAUGAUGAAUUUCUACUGGAUGAAUAUACAAGUGACGAUGAAGAGGAUGGUGCAAGCGGGAAAAAAACAGCGACAGCGGAUAGUAACAGCAAUCUUUCAAAAGAAGUGCGCGAGUUAUUAGCAAAGUUAGAACCUCAAAAGGGAGCUUCAAGCCGUCAGACAGAUCAAGAAGAGGACGAAGAGGACGAAUUCGAAGAAUUCAAGAUCUAUUAUACGUCACGAACGCAUUCGCAACUUUCCCAGUUUAUCCAUGAGGUCCAUAAGACAAUAUACAAAGAAGACACAUGGACGGUACCCCUGGGAUCACGGAAAAAUGCCUGUAUACACAAGGAUAUCAAGAAAUUGAAAAGCGUACAAAGAAUGAAUGAAGCGUGCUUAGAUCUGCAGAAAAAGACAAGCACAGCAGCUCGAUGUUCUUAUUUACCGGCAAAAACGGAAAGGAUGCAAUGGAAUGCAUUCCGCGAUCAUGCAUUGGCUAAAGUGCGAGACAUCGAGGAUUUAGUUCAAGUAGGAGAGCAGAUGGGAAUAUGCCCCUAUUAUGGAUCACGACAUACAUUACGGCCCGCACAACUCAUUGUUCUUCCGUAUCAACAUUUGCUACACGCAAGCACACGCGAAUCGCUCGGCAUAUCUUUGAAAAACAGUGUCGUCAUCAUCGAUGAAGCACAUAACCUAAUUGAAACGGUGACGGCGAUUCAUACGGUUACAGUAUCAUAUCAUCAAGCUCGCAUGGCAUUCUCACAAUUAAAAACGUAUCUACAGCGGUAUAAGAAUCGGCUACUUGGCAAAAAUAUUGCUUAUAUCCGCCAAACUGUCCAUAUUGUCAAAGCAUUGCUCAAAUUAUUGGAACCAGCAACGACAGCGGAUGAUAGAAACAACAAGAAAAAAGAUACUGUGAUCCGUGUCAAUGAAUUUGUGCAUAUGCUUGGCAUUGAUCAUAUCAACAUGUUUAAGAUUGAAAAAUAUCUUAAAGCAAGCAAUUUAGCUCGAAAGUUGAAUGGAUUUAUCGACAAGGAACUCCAAAAACAACAGCAGCAGCAACAAGCAAACGAAACUUCUGAUCAACAACAGCAGUUAUCAAACAGCAGCAACACAGCAAUGCCGACGUUGACACAGAUCGAAGCAUUUUUAUUAGCAUUGACGAAUCCUGACAAAGAUGGUCGUAUUGUGGUCAAUUACUCAACAGAAAGCUCAGAAGUCAAGUAUAUGCUAUUGAAUCCAGCCGAAGUUUUUCGACCUAUUGUUGAAGAUGCCAAAAGUAUCAUUUUAGCCGGUGGUACUAUGGAACCGAUUUCAGAUUUCACGAACAUUUUGUUACAUGACGUCCCUUCCGCGCAGAUCAAUCGACUUUCAUGCGGCCAUAUUAUACCCCCAAGCAAUAUGGCUGUAAUGAGCAUCGAUGCAGGGCCUACGGGAAAACCGUUUCUAUUUCGCUAUGACAGUAGACAGGAUGAGAAACUCAUGGAUGAAGUCGGUCAAGCGAUUGUUAAUCUAUGCAAUGUCAUACCGGAUGGUGUCGUUUGUUUUUUUUCCAGCUUUACUUAUCUUGAACAAGUAUACAAGCGAUGGGCAAGUGGCAACUCCAAUAAUAAUGUACUGGCCCGGCUAUCCAAAAAGAAGAAAAUCCUCAAGGAACCUCGUGAAAGCAACAAGGUGGAGACGACAUUGCGUGACUAUGCUAUGCAUAUAGACCAGUCUGGCGGUGCAUUGCUGUUAUGUGUUGUGAAUGGAAAGAUGUCCGAAGGUAUCAAUUUUUCGGACCAGCUCGGAAGGGGUGUGAUCAUGGUGGGGUUGCCGUUUGCCAACAAGGGCUCGGUGGAGCUACAAGAAAAAAUCAAAUAUGCUGGCGAUAUGAACCCGAGUCAAUCUGAUGCUGGUAACGAAUAUUAUGAAAAUAUGUGUAUGCGAGGCGUGAAUCAGUCUAUAGGUCGAGCUAUUCGACAUAAAAACGAUUAUGCCACCAUCAUUUUACUGGACCAACGAUAUUCGCAUGCGCGGAUCCGAAACAAAUUGCCAGGCUGGAUCGGGAACCGUAUUGAUCAUUGUGAAAAAUUCGGAAUGGCUAUGGGUAACACUGUGCGUUUCUUUAAACAAUUCCGUCAGUAGUAGUAAUCAGUACCUACGCUUCUAUGUGGAUCAUACACUGCACAUCUAAAGACGCUUUUAAAAGCAAAUGAAAUGCUCACAUGUUUGGAUAAA